CUUUCCUUACCACAAUUAUAAUACACUAACGUACAAGUUAGGUUCCCCACUUAUACUCACAUUUGAAAAACAAUCAAAGAGAGACAAAAGAUGGGUGUUUCUCUUCUUUCAUCACCAGCAUUUCCGAGAAUCUUUAUAUUCUCAUUCAUUACAUUGUAUCUCAUUCCUGAGCUUGCACUUGCAGGCAUAACCAGGCACUACAAGUUUGACAUCAAAUUACAAAAUGUAACACGACUUUGCCACACAAAGAGCAUUGUGACUGUAAAUGGACAAUUUCCUGGGCCUCGCAUUGUCGCUAGGGAGGGUGACCACCUUCUCAUCAAAGUGGUUAACCAUGUCCAAAACAAUAUCUCCAUUCACUGGCAUGGCAUUCGACAGCUUCAAACAGGGUGGGCUGAUGGGCCAGCAUAUAUAACUCAAUGUCCUAUACAAACUAGCAAAAGUUAUGUAUACAACUUUACUAUUGUUGGCCAAAGAGGCACCCUUUUCUGGCAUGCUCAUAUAUCAUGGUUAAGAGCAACUGUCUAUGGUCCUUUAAUCAUUCUUCCCAAGCGUGGGGUUCCUUACCCAUUUGCCAAACCCUACGAGGAAGUUCCCAUCAUAUUUGGAGAGUGGUGGAAUGUAGAUCCUGAGUCUGUAAUUAGCCAAGCCCUACAAACAGGAGGUGGCCCAAAUGUCUCUGAUGCUUAUACUAUCAAUGGACUUCCAGGGCCACUCUAUAACUGCUCCACCAAAGACACAUUCAAGCUAAAAGUGAAGCCCGGGAAGACUUAUCUUCUCCGUCUCAUCAAUGCGGCACUCAAUGACGAGCUCUUCUUCAGCAUUGCAAACCACAGUCUCACAGUUGUUGAAGCUGAUGCAGUUUAUGUUAAACCAUUUGAAACCAACACACUUCUCUUAACACCAGGACAGACCACAAAUGUUGUUCUAAAGACCAAACCCCACUACCCAAAUGCCUCGUUCCUAAUGACCGCUAGACCAUAUGUGACUGGCCUAGGUACUUUUGACAACUCCACUGUUGCUGGUAUCCUAGAAUAUGAAUCUCCACUUCAUUCAGCUGCCUCUAUUCAAAACCUUCCACUCUUCAAACCCUCUCUCCCUCCUCUCAAUGACACUUCCUUUGCAACAAACUUCACUAACAAACUUCGUAGCUUAGCAAGUGCUCAAUUCCCAGCAAAUGUGCCUCAAAAGGUUGAUAGGCAUUUUUUCUUCACAAUAGGCCUUGGAACAAGCCCUUGCCAACAGAACCAAACCUGUCAGGGACCCAAUGGAACAAUGUUCGCAGCUUCUAUUAAUAACGUAUCUUUUGUACAAUCAACCACUGCUCUCCUCCAAGCCCACUUUUUUGGGCAAUCAAAUGGGGUUUACACCCCUGACUUUCCAACCACUCCUAUAUUUCCCUUUAACUAUACGAACAACCCACCAAACAACACAAUGGUGAGCAAUGGGACAAAGCUAGUAGUUUUGCCUUUUAACACUAGUGUGGAGCUUGUCAUGCAGGACACAAGUAUUCUUGGUGCUGAGAGUCACCCUCUCCACUUGCAUGGCUUUAAUUUCUUUGUUGUUGGGCAAGGUUUUGGGAAUUUUGAUCCCAAUAAGGACCCGUCAAAGUUUAAUCUUGUUGACCCUAACGAAAGAAACACUGUGGGUGUACCUUCUGGGGGUUGGAUUGCUAUUCGGUUUCAAGCAGAUAACCCAGGGGUAUGGUUCAUGCAUUGCCACUUGGAGAUCCACACUAGCUGGGGUUUAAAGAUGGCUUGGGUGGUCUUAGAUGGAAAGCUCCCAAAUCAGAAGCUGCUUCCUCCACCGGCAGAUUUUCCAAAAUGUUGACAGUGUUGAUCUAUGACCUUCGACUCACUUCUCGAUUCACUCCGACCAGAAACUUUCAACUGAUAUUAUUUUUGUAGCCCAUUUUAAUCUUUUUUUCCCUUUUUCGGCAUUCACCAUUUGCCGAUUGAUCUUCAAGAGCUAGGGAAAGAUUAAAGAGGGGACAAUUUUUUUGUAACAUUCAGAUUUCAAUUGUUAAAGCAAAAGGCCUCAAUAAUAUUGUCGAUACUUAUCAAAAAUAAAUAAAUAAUAUUGUCGAUAAUUACUAUACUUCCAUCUAUCUUUUAUGUAUAUUAUAAAAAGUUAGAUCCCAUAAUUAGUGG